AUGCUCUCCCCGUACGGGCAACGCGCCCUGGGCGCCCUGGUGCUUUUUGGCACCGUGGCCGGCUUGAUGGCGGUGCUGGCGUCCAUGCUGAUUUUCCAGAUCCAAGCCGGCAGCCGGGCCGGAGCCGGGCACAGCGGCCUGCCGGAGGGAGCCCGGCGGGUGCUUCUGCCCCUCUCGGCCGUGCUGGCCUCCCUCUGCCUGGUGCUCAGCCUCAGCUGUCUCCUGCUGAGCCUCCUGCACGGCUACUGCGGCGCCGAGCGAUGCGCGCCGCCAGGGGACGCUCUUGGGCCGGACAGGGGCGACUGGUUCCUUUUGGACAGCCGCAGGGUGCGGCAUGUGGCUGUCGGUUUGUUUUGCUUCGGGGUUUCGGUCUACCUCGCAGCGCUCUCCAUGUACAUGCUGGUGCUGUUUGAAAUCGAGACGGGGAUCACCAGCGCGUGCGUCCUGUCGUCCGGCAUUGUGGUACUCUUCAUCACCGUGACACACGCCUUGAUCCGGGCCUGCAGAGCCGCCCGCAGCAGCCGGGGAGAGCUCUCGCACACCCUGUACGAGAACGACUCGGCCCGCGGCGUUGAGGCACCCGCCGCACACCUCAACAACGUGAAAAACGUGGCCGCCCCCAGGCCGCGCCCGGAGAUCCACCGGGAGUUUUCGUACCCGCCGUUCGUGGAGCGGAAGUCGCACCUGGCCACGCCGGCGAGCAGCAACGUCACGUCCUCGGGGAGCGCCGGGCCAACGCCGGAGAAGGAGAGCUACAGCGUGCUUCGGCUGCACCGGACCCUGUCGGCGGAGUCCGGCCUCCUGCAGGCCCACGGCAAGCCCUGGAACGGGGUCACGCAGGAGAUGCGGAAUGUUCUCUCCCGGAAGCCCGCGGGCUCCGGGAAAGAUUCCACCUUGGUGUGAAAAUGGGAAAGCAGGGAGAUUUUUACCCACACAGGUCUCUGCAGAAAACUUUGAGGGCUAUUAAGAGAGUGUGGCUCCUUCACACACGUCAUGAAUUAGCGGGAGUCAUUGCCAUAAGGCGCAGCGGCGGGGUGGCGUCUGCUUAGGCGGCUUUAAGAGGGGAUUAGAAGAAUUCGGAGCUGUGGGUCGGG